GUCCACCUGGGCCUCCUGGAGUUGUCAUAGUUGAAGAAAUCACAGAGAACACUGCAACCCUUUCAUGGACUCCUGGAGCAGACAAUCACAGUCCUAUCACUUCCUACAACUUGCAAGCACGAAGUCCAUUUUCACUUGGCUGGCAGACUGUGAAAACAGUUCCUGAACACAUAGGGGGUGACCUGGAGUCUGCCAUGGCAGUUGAACUGAACCCUUGGGUAGAAUAUGAAUUUAGAGUUGUAGCAACUAACAAAAUUGGAACUGGAGAUCCAAGCACACCAUCUAAAGUGAUCCGAACCAAGGAAGCAGUUCCAAAGACGGCUCCUGCUAAUGUAAGUGGCAGAAGUGGCAGACGGCAUGAAUUAGUAAUAGCCUGGGAGCCAGUCUCUGAAGAAUUUCAGAAUGGGGAAGGCUUUGGAUACAUUGUGGCUUUCCGACCCAAUGGGACAAGAGGCUGGAAGGAAAAAAUGGUCACAUCUUCUGAUGCGUCCAAGUUCAUCUACAGAGAUGAAAGCGUGCCUCCCUUGACUCCAUUUGAAGUGAAAGUUGGAGCAUAUAACAACAAAGGUGAUGGACCAUUCAGCCCAAUUGUUGUGAUCAGUUCUGCUGAAGGAGAACCCAGUGAUGCUCCUACCGAUGUCAAGGCUACAGGACUAUCUGUAUCAGAGAUUCUUGUUGCGUGGAGGCACAAUAAAGAAAGCCUAGGAAGACCUCAGGGGUUUGAGAUUGGCUACUGGAAAGAUAUGGAACAAGAAGAAGCAGCAGAAAAGGCCAAGACGGAAGGAAAUGAGUCAUCUGUCAUCCUCACAGGGCUAGAAGGCAACACCCUGUACCACCUGAGAGUGAAGGCAUUCAACUCAGCAGGCUACGGACCACCAAGCGACACUGUCCACGCAGCCACUAAGAAAUCUCCGCCUAGUCAAGCACCAAACAUUAUGUGGGUUCAGGAUGGUCCCCAUGUUUCCCUGGGAUGGCAGCCUGUAAAGCCUUUAGCUAAUGAGUCUGACGUGAUGGGAUAUAAGGUCUUGUUUAGGCAAGAAGGACACAGCAACAGCCAAGUCAUUGAAACACAGAAAACAUCUGCAGUCGUGCUUCUCCCUGAUGUGGGUGUCUAUAUCAUAGAGGUCUGCGCAGUCAGCGAAGGGGGAGAUGGCACACCAAGCAACCAAAUCAGGAUAUCAUCUUUUUCAGGUGGAAAAGUCACAAGUUCUCAAUCCAGUCUACAUGCUUUCACCACUUCCUCAUCAACUGUAACAUUUCUAUUGGUAUUGAUGGUCCCUUCAACCUCAUGGUGAAGGAAGAAGACUGAAGACUUUUCUCAUUUCUCUGUUUGGUUGCUUUAGCCUGAUAACACCAAUGAAUGGUAUUCUGCGUCCAGGGAGAAAGCGGAAGGCUAAUUAUCGAAGGCAUGUUUUGGAAAUGCAUAUAGUGCACCAGGAAAAAUAUUGCAGGCAGGAAAUAACAUGAAAAUAAUCCACCAGGUGUCUCCUCUUUGGUUUCCAUAAAUGUCCUCUUGGGGGGGGAGGGAAUUUUUUUGCCCAAUAGAAAAUAUGCAGAUUCUUUUAUAUAAACUUUUGUAAACCAACGGGAAUUAUGUCAAAUUUUAUUUACCUUUCUAAUUGUUUAUAUAUUAGCUAACAUCAGUCUUAUACCCUUAAUAAAUCAAAUGACUGGUACAGUGCAUCCAUUUUGUUUGCACUCUUAAGGAUUUUAACAAUUUUAAGAAAAAAAUGACAACCAUUUGGAUUCUAGUGAGUUACCCCUCCUCUUUUUCAGAAGGCUGGCUACUGUUUUUGUUUUAUUUUUUUCUUAUCAAGAGAAAAAUGCCAUUAUGUGACCCCGUUUCAAAAAUUACUGUAGCAAAUGUUGCCUUUAAGAAAAGAAGAGCAUCGUAUAAUUAGUGGAGUAUGGUAAUUUUUCUUCUGUUUUCUGCUCUGUUUGUAUUCUCCGUGCACAUAACAAGCCACUUUUUCAGAUCCAAGUAAAUCUGAAGCAUUUUGAACUGAGCAUAAAACUGAGGCCUCUCAUUUUGUACUAGAUAUUGCCCACUACAAUAAGGAAGAAAAAAUGCUUAUUUUUAAUAGCAUAACUGUACAUGAUUGGGAGUGCAGACGAUACCGAAAUCAUUGUUGGACACUUAAUCUGAGUCUUCAGCAAUUGCUAACUGCAAGUAUGAAAUUAAUGCAGAGAGACAAAGCUGUUUCCCCCAGACAGCUUUCUGUCUUUAGACCUUUAUUUUUGUAGUUCAUUUUUGUAUGGUACUGUACUGUCUAUAUUUGGUGAUUUAGCAAAAUGAUAUCAAUAAGCAUUUCAAGAUAGAAACAAUAUGGUGUUGCCUAGAUUGUCCAUAAUAUGAACCAAGGACAUUUUUUUAAUGUCCAAAAUGAAAAGGAUAUGGUUGGGCAAAUGCUUUUAACGUUCUCAAACUAAAGGUCCAAAGCAUUUAGCCUUUCCAUAUCCAGGGUCUGGCUUCAAAACAGCCUGCAGUGUUGGAUUCACCAUCAUCAUCAUCAUCAUCAUCAUCAUCAUCAUCAUCAUCAUCAUCAUCAUCAAUAGUAGUUAUUAUUCUUUAUCAUCAUCAUCAGUACAUGUAUGUGUGAGUAUUAUUUUCUCAUCAAUUUGUUUAUUUGUCUAGGGAUAAGCAACUAUUUCUGUACCGAGGCGUUCUAUCACAGAACUGGGCUGAAAAGUAGGGUGGUCUCAGGAGAAAAUGGGUAGUGCCAGAGAAGAAAUAUUUUUAUCAAAUUAAUAUUUGAUAAAUUUUGAAUAAAUGAAUGCAGAUAUAAUAUACACUUUCCUGCUCAUACUUAUCAUGAGAUCUAGAGAUAGCUUCAUUGUGCUUUUUUUUUUCCAGAACAUGUGUGGUAAUAAAACCUUAUAUUACAUUCAAGAGAAAUUGUCUUUUUCUCAACCCUGAGCUCUUUUUCAUAGUGGUCUUUCCGUACCCUGUUUCCUAUCCUCUUCAACCAUCAGAAGUCCUAAUCUGCAAAACUGUUAGGACAAUGUGCAAGCAGCUUGCCACUGACAUGUAUUGCCAAAACGCAAAUGUGGGGGGUUCUCUGGGGUCCACAUCAAGCCUCAGAGGUGGCACUUACAGCCAACAGGUUGUAAGAUCUUCCUCCAUUUCUAUCCACUUGGUGGCUACCAAGUAUUGAUAUGACUAAGGCUACAUAGGAGAUAGAGACCAGCUUAAUGUACAGCAUGUGAAUCUGAAGACCU